CAGGAAACAGCUGGAGUGGUCUGAGCUCCCUGCCCUAGGAUGGAAGAGUCAAGGCUGUGGCUGUGCGGGAACAUUUUAGUGGAUAAACCAAAUGACCAAUCUUCAAGAUGGUCCUCAGAGAGCAACUAUCCUCCCCAGUACUUGAUCCUGAAACUCGAAAGGCCUGCUAUCGUUCAGAAUAUCACAUUUGGAAAAUAUGAGAAAACACAUGUCUGUAAUUUGAAGAAAUUCAAAGUCUUUGGUGGAAUGAAUGAAGAAAAUAUGACUGAACUAUUGUCCAGUGGCUUAAAGAAUGAUUAUAACAAAGAAACAUUCACCUUAAAACAUAAAAUUGAUGAACAGAUGUUCCCUUGUCGAUUCAUUAAAAUAGUGCCACUUUUGUCUUGGGGACCCAGCUUUAACUUUAGCAUCUGGUAUGUUGAACUUAGUGGCAUUGAUGAUCCUGAUGUAGUACAACCCUGUCUCAACUGGUAUAGCAAGUACCGUGAACAGGAAGCCAUUCGCCUAUGCCUAAAACAUUUCAGGCAACACAACUAUACAGAGGCUUUUGAAUCCCUGCAAAAGAAAACCAAGAUUGCACUGGAGCAUCCUAUGUUGACAGAUAUGCAUGACAAACUGGUAUUGAAGGGUGACUUUGAUGCUUGUGAAGAAUUGAUUGAAAAAGCUGUGAAUGAUGGCUUGUUCAAUCAGUAUAUCAGUCAACAAGAAUACAAACCACGAUGGAGUCAAAUCAUUCCCAAAAGCACCAAAGGUGAUGGAGAAGAUAACCGACCAGGAAUGAGAGGUGGCCAUCAGAUGGUUAUUGAUGUUCAGACAGAGACUGUUUAUUUGUUUGGUGGCUGGGAUGGAACACAAGAUCUAGCUGACUUCUGGGCAUACAGUGUGAAGGAGAACCAGUGGACAUGUAUCUCUAGAGAUACUGAAAAAGAGAAUGGUCCUAGUGCUAGAUCAUGUCAUAAAAUGUGCAUUGACAUUCAACGCAGACAAAUCUACACAUUGGGACGUUACUUGGAUUCCUCUGUGAGGAACAGCAAAUCUCUGAAAAGUGAUUUCUAUCGUUAUGACAUUGACACAAACACAUGGAUGCUACUAAGUGAAGAUACUGCUGCUGAUGGCGGGCCAAAAUUGGUCUUUGAUCAUCAGAUGUGUAUGGACUCAGAAAAACACAUGAUCUACACCUUUGGUGGCAGAAUUUUGACAUGUAACGGCAGUGUAGAUGACAGCAGAGCCAGUGAACCACAAUUCAGUGGCCUAUUUGCUUUCAACUGUCAGUGUCAGACCUGGAAACUUCUUCGAGAGGAUUCUUGUAAUGCAGGGCCAGAGGACAUCCAGUCUCGGAUAGGACACUGCAUGCUAUUUCACUCAAAAAAUCGUUGUCUGUAUGUUUUUGGUGGCCAGCGAUCAAAGACCUAUUUGAAUGAUUUCUUUAGUUAUGAUGUGGACUCUGACCAUGUGGACAUAAUAUCAGAUGGCACCAAGAAAGACUCUGGGAUGGUUCCAAUGACAGGGUUCACACAGAGAGCAACUAUUGAUCCAGAACUGAAUGAAAUACAUGUCUUGUCUGGGCUCAGUAAAGACAAAGAAAAGCGAGAAGAGAAUGUCAGAAAUUCAUUCUGGAUCUAUGACAUUGUGAGGAAUAGUUGGUCUUGCGUGUAUAAGAAUGAUCAAGCUGCAAAGGAUAAUCCAAGUAAAAGUCUACAGGAGGAAGAACCAUGUCCAAGAUUUGCCCAUCAGCUUGUUUAUGAUGAGUUACACAAGGUUCAUUAUUUAUUUGGUGGGAAUCCAGGAAAAUCUUGCUCUCCCAAGAUGAGACUAGAUGACUUCUGGUCACUGAAGUUGUGUAGACCAUCAAAAGAUUAUUUACUGAGGCAUUGCAAGUACCUCAUAAGAAAACACAGGUUUGAAGAAAAGGCCCAGAUGGAUCCUCUUAGUGCUUUGAAGUACUUACAAAAUGAUCUUUAUAUAACGGUGGAUCAUUCAGACCCAGAAGAGACAAAAGAGUUUCAGCUCCUAGCUUCAGCUCUAUUCAAAUCUGGCUCCGAUUUUACAGCUCUAGGCUUUUCAGAUGUGGAUCACACCUAUGCUCAAAGAACUCAGCUCUUUGACACCUUAGUAAAUUUCUUUCCUGACAGCAUGACUCCUCCUAAAGGCAACCUGGUAGACCUCAUCACACUGUAACCAUCGCUGGGCACGGAAGUGGAGAACAGGAGUCUGCUCUCAGUGUUGUGGAUUACAACUCUGUUCAUGGACGUCAAGUUGCAGUGAUUGAGGACUGCAUCAGAGUUUUGAAGGGAUCCUUACCAUCACAAGUUUCAACCUUUCUUCAUACCUGACCUCAGCCCCAUUCUCCUCCUAUUCUUAAAUUAGGCUAAUAAAGUGAAGUUGGUAUACUUUCCAUUUAAUUACAUAU